CCUCCGGGCACCCAAAUGUCUUAGUUGCAAUAAGUUCUUCAGCAUGAAAACAAUUAUAUACAUGCUAUUUGCGUUUUCUUAUAUUCAGUGUGUUUUUCCCGAUUUGGCGAAGCUGCAAAGGAAAUCACACACCGAGGAAUUCGAGGGAGUACCCCCCUUAUUUAGAGCUAUGUCAUCUUCUCCAAACGAUGGCUACACAUACAAUUGGAGCGUGGUCUCAUUUUCGACGGAUGAUUACGACAGUUAUGAUCUAUCCGAGUCCCUCGUGAACUGCACUGUACUCUAUUUGGAUCAGUGCACAUCGUGGAACAAGUGCCGCCAAACAUGCUUAAAGACUGGGGCCACCAGUUACAGAUGGUUCCAUGAUGGUUGCUGCGAAUGUGUGGGCGAAUAUUGUGUAAACUACGGUGUAAAUGAGAGCAGGUGCCGCAUGUGUCCUGAGCCGAGUUCUGAUGACGAAGAUGAGGAUUAAAUUUAAAAACUGUCUCAAAUUGUUGGAAAAGAAAUAUACAAUUAUUGAAUUAAUUAUUUUCUUCAAAAUGUGAUUGUUGGAAAACGCAUCUUGCAUUCAUGCAGAACGAACAUAUCAAUGUCUAAUAAAUAUAUUUGAUCAAUUUCA